UUCCUCGGUAAAAAUGAUUCUAAAUUAACGAAAUAAAAAAUGCUCUUUCGGUAAAAAAAAAACGCAAAAGUAACGUAACGAACCCUUUGGGAAAAGGCUCCUGACGAAACGUUAUGAAUCAGCCUCCUCUCUUCGAUCAUCAUUUUCCCUCUUUCGUCAAGGAGACAUAUAAUAACCAAGUAGACGUUUAUUGGUAUAAUCGGGAUUUUUCGCAAAGUCGAUAUCCUCCGGGGCAAGAAGUCAGCGAGGCCUGCACUUUGAUAUGCUUGCUGGUGGCCCAAAGAGUAAGCCAAACGGGCUUAUUGAUAUGGGACGUGGGAAGUCUUCAUGGACUAAACAUCAUCAUAGCGGAAGCGAUUUGCGAGGGCAAUGCCACUCAUGCAUGGAUUUUGAGAAGAGGACUCAUUCCACAUCCAUACCUGAACACUGCAGAAGCUUUAAAAUACGGAGGCAGGAGUCUGAAGACCUUGAAAGAAUGGAAAUUCCGCGUGUAUUACGAAGACAUAGCGGUAGGGUUAUACCGCAAUGUAAAGAGCUUCUUGCACGAGUGGUACGAGAAUCCCAAGUCGGAGAACCUCUUUAUGCUGCUCAUCACCUGCGGGCGCACGAUCCUCUUCAUAUUUCAAGAGCAAACUUACAAGAUAACCCUCUUCGAUUCUCACGGGCACAGCACCCUAGAAAAUCCCCAUCGGGGCUUGGUGAUAGCUCAGACAACGGUAGAUCAUCUGGGGCAACUAUGCGAGUGGUAUGUAGAAGUUAUCCUAAACGAUUGUUAUAACAUGGAAGCGGACCAAUACGAGCUGGCAUUUCUGUAUGAUCAUCGGGCUAUCAGUUGUGGUUACAGUGAUCCUCCUUGCGAAUGUCGCCGAUGCUGCAAAAAUUGACUACGAGCAAUUGAUUAUUACACUGUAUAGUAUUUUGAUAUAUAAGGCACUGUCAAUUGAUCUUACGUGAAUAAAAUAACGGCAGGAAUCUUUUUCUGAA